AAGAAUUCCUUCGCCAAAAAUUCAGCCUCCAAUUUAGUAAACAAUGCAUCGCCCUCAAGUUUUCAUCACCUCUUUUCUGACCCUCCUCGCCCUUCCCCUCUCAGUCUCUUCCCAGACAGUCUACCUAAUUCGUCAUGGAGAGAAGCCUUCAGAUGGCAGCAACGGCCUCAGUGCCCUCGGUCUCCAAAGAGCACAAUGUCUUCGCAAUGUCUUUGGUAAUGAAAGUAAUUAUGACAUCAAGUAUAUAAUGGCUAUGACGCCUAAAAGUGAUGGAGAACGCACGCGUCCACUCGAUACAGUGCAACCCCUAGCCACAGAUCUAAAUAUCACAGUUGAUAUUUCAUGCGACAGAGAUGACGCAGAUUGUGUAGCCAAUGUCGUGAAUCAAUAUGAAGGGGAAGGAAACAUAUUGAUUAGCUGGCAACACGGUGCGCUGACCGACAUUGUUAAGGCUUUGGGUGAUGAGAAUGCGCCCAAAUGGAAGAAACAUGCAUACGAUACCAUAUGGACAGAUCCAAAACCAUAUACCGGUCUUACCGAGAUAACAUCCGAGAAUUGCCCUGGAUUAGAUGAUAAUUAGAAGAGGAUAUGAAAGAGUGUAGAUUCGUAUGAGAACGAAAAAUAGAUGAGAAUACAGAUUGCUUCUUGGGUGGCUGGUUAUGAGAAAUGUUUUUUUUUAUAUAGGAGAAGAAGGACGCGUAUAGAGAGGAAUUAGAUUAUAUAAUUAGGGGUGUGAUUGAAUUAGAGUUGUGAAAUGACCGUCAAGAUUGUUAGAAGCACGCACGUGCUUAGUCUGGCGUAUUCGUUCUACAGUCUCUUU